AUGAUGCGUCGCCUAGGGACAGAAGACAAACUGAUUACCUUCACUUUGCUGAUUGCCUGCAGUCAGUCAUCUUUAGGUCUUCGAUCACCCCCAAGCAUGGACCCCCUAGUAGUCAUCCAGAAUCCAAACUGUCGGUGCCACCUAUUCUCGAGUGUAAAGCGACUUCAUGGUGUCUUUAAAUCUCCCAAUUUCCCCUCCCCUUAUCCUCCUCAAACAGAUUGCAUUAUCUACCUAUUUCAAGGACUUCCAUUCCAAAUUGUACAGCUCACCUUCCUAACUCUUGACCUAAGUCCACCUCGAAUAGACAUAUGUUUUGACUAUGUCGCAGUGCUGCACAACGAUCGGACCCGAUUAGUGGAUAGAGAAGUUGCCGAUUCAGACCCACCACCAGUUCUUUGCGGAACACUGACAAUGCAAAAGAAGAGGACCUUCUUUUCGGAAAGUAACUCGUUAGCUCUUGUUUUCCACUCCACCACUCGUGCUCCCUUUGAGCAGUCGACACACAUGUCGGGAUUUCAGGGAAAUUUUCUAUUUUUAAAUUCAACCACCUGCUGCUCCAGCAACAACGAGAACUUGUUUAUGAAUCGGUGGCGGAACAUUAAUGCUACCCGAUUUGGCCUUUUAAAUGAUUAA